AUGGCACCUGCCAUAACCGACUUUACAGGUUGCCUGGACAGCCAGCAGGAGGAGUCACUCACGGAGGAGGACAUCAUGUUGGGGAAGUGCGAGCCUCAUACGGGGCCGCGGCCCCUGCGCGAUGGCGCCCCCGAGCGCCGGGCUCAGGCCGAGGCUUCCCGCAGCCAGGAGGAGGCCCAGGCGGUGGACCAGGAGCUGUUCAACGAGUACCAGUUCAGCGUGGACCAGCUCAUGGAGCUGGCCGGGCUGAGCUGUGCCGCGGCCAUCGGCAAGGCCUAUCCCCCCACGUCCAUGUCCAGGAGCCCUCCCACUGUCCUGGUCAUCUGCGGCCCCGGCAAUAAUGGAGGCGAUGGCCUGGUCUGUGCUCGACACCUCAAGCUCUUUGGCUACCAGCCAACCAUCUACUACCCCAAAAGGUCCAACAAGCCACUCUUCACCGCGCUGGUGACCCAGUGCCAGAAAAUGGACAUCCCUUUCCUCAGCGACCUGCCCUUGGAGCCCAUGCUGAUUGAUGAGCUCUAUGAGCUGGUCGUGGAUGCCAUCUUUGGCUUCAGCUUCAAAGGGGAUGUUCGGGAGCCAUUCCAGAGCAUCCUGAAGGUCCUGGGUGGAGUCACUGUGCCCAUUGCCAGCAUCGACAUUCCCUCAGGAUGGGAUGUGGAGAAGGGAAACGCAGAAGGGCUCCAGCCAGACUUGCUCAUCUCCCUCACGGCCCCCAAGAAGUCUGCUGCCCACUUUACGGGUCGCUACCACUAUCUGGGGGGCCGUUUUGUGCCGCCUGCUCUGGAAAAGAAGUAUCAGUUGAACCUGCCCUCUUACCCAGACACUGAGUGUGUCUACCGUCUGCAGUGAGGGCAGGUGGGUGGGUGUGCCUCCCAAUAAAGACGUAGUGCCUU